AUGUCGCUGACGGCAAGCCAACACAACGCCGUCAUGCUCACAUGUGAUACAACCGAACUUCCAGGCAUUGAUACAGAUGUUGCCAAGCAGCUCGAGACCGACUUUUCAUCCUCUGGUGACGAUCUCGAAGGCCCCGAAUCAACCUCACUUGACGACAUUGAUGCCGAGUUUGCUCGACUUGAAGAUAUUCGUAAUGCGGAAAGGACGCAGAGUUUGCUUCGGACUGUGAUGUGGAUAGGAAGGAAGUUUAGAAGGGAGUGUUCGACUUUGCAAAAUUGCAGUGUUGACGAGGGAUUAGUACCUGCGGCAAUGGAGGACGAGAUUAUGGUCACGGAUCAUGAUGCAACUGAAGAUGGGGCAUGGAAUAUCAAUUCCAUGUCGCUAUCGAGCGGUCUCACAUCCAUGUACCAGAACCGGACCGGAAAGCGGUUCUGGGUUCUGGGUAUUCCCAAACGGUCCAGUUCUGGUCCGACCUUCCCGAACCUUCCUGAACCGAACCUCGACUUCGACUUCCACUACGAUGACGACGGUGUCCAUGUCGACGUCAAAAUAUCGCUACCGUUAGCCUUUUUGAAGCCAUGUACCCGAAUGCAUCGCGCUUUCGCAAUCACUGAGUUGCUCGUUCACAUUCUCUGCGAGGUGUACAAUAAUGACGAGGGACUUGACCUCCGCCGAGGCAUCAAGGACAUGGCUAGGGUUUCUCAGGUCUGCAAGACUUUCCGAGAUCCUGCAUUGGAUUUCCUUUGGAGAAAUCUCGACAGCCUGCUCCCGCUUCUUCGGCUGCUUCCUCUUGAAAUUCACGAAGAGCAUGGUGAUAAAGCUCGGCUUUCAAAGGUUCUUGAGGACCUAAAAUCGUCAGAGCGCCAGCGUUAUGUCUCAAUAUCCAGCCGCGUGCGCAGUCUGUCCUUUUCGGAGCCACGCGAGCCUAUCUCUCGCAAUUUAAUAAACGAUAUUGUCAAGUAUAAUCUCUUCUUAACUCCUCGCGUAGAUGUCCUCCGCCUUCGCAUAUCGUCCGAGGCUGGCCUUCGUCUUCUCCCAGCCCUUAUCACACCUGAAUUGACCGACAUCUCCAUCUCUUUUGACGAAAAUCUGUAUAUUUUCGAUCGCCCACUAGAUUUAGGCGACCUCAUCAAGUCGGUAUACAUGACCAUCUUUCGGUGUGCGCCCAAGCUUGUACAUUUCUCUGCAGUUGAUUUGUACGAAGUACUGCCGUUUUUGUCACUUACUAAGGCCCCGGGUCAAGGUCAUCUGGAUAUAUCAUGUCUUCAAAGCCUGACACAUGCAUCAUUCCACAUAACUGUCGCUUCCUUACCGCAAGUCCUCGAUCUAACGUCACAGCUUUCCAAGCUGAAGGACUUGACCAUUCAGGCUUGCGAGAAACCUUUCGAAGAAAUUCCCCGCCUCUCCUCCCUCGCGCCAGAGACAUUCAGCUCGCUGAAGAACGUCACGUUUGAUGGCUCUCCCGAUAUUAUCAGCCGCAUAUUCUCUGCAUUCCCAGCUAAUCGUGCCAUCCAAUCCGCGAUUCUACGGAUGCACGGUCUUUACACCAAUGCCGAUAUUGCACUGGUACUCUUAGGGGUUGUUGCAGCGGUCUCCAAGGAGUCAUUACAAAAGAUUAUAAUGACUUCCGUGCUUUCAAGCAACGACCUUGCAUAUUGGGAUGCUGAUUCGGGAAUCGACACUCGCCAGUUCAUACUAGACAUACAUGCUAUUGAGCCCGCCCUGCAGUUCCAGAAUCUCGAGAUCUUUUCGGCCUGUCUAGGUAUCCCACUCUAUCUCACAGAUGAAGACCAUCUGCGCAUCGCGCAGACAUGGCGCUCUGUGCGGCUACUAUAUCUAUCGCCGAUCGUCCAGCGUGUUGUCUGGACCCACAAACCUCCAGCCAGCAUUGCGUCCUUGGUGCACUAUGCACGAUAUUGUCGCCACUUGAAAGCGCUUGGGUUGUGCCUCGAUGCAUCUACGGAAGCCAGUAUCGAUGCAUGCGUGCAAGCUAUGGACGCCUGCGACAACAUUUUAGAAGCAAACACCACCCUCUCAUCCCCCUCGAUCCAGAUGAUCGAGUUUGGUCCUUCAUGGCUGGAGUGUAACUUCGACCCUGUGCAAAUCAACUCUCUAGCCAAAGUAUUCACUAGGCUUUUUUCCAACCUAGCUGCGUGUCGCGCGUGCCGGACGGAGGAGCUUGGGGUGCCGCAGUCUGCGUGGACUUGGAUAAAAGUGCAGACACUGUACGAAUACAUCCUCUUUACGGAACAGGGCUGCAACGUAAAUACCCACCGGAGCGUGUGGAAGUUGAGGCUGUUUUCCAAGUGGAUCUUGGAAUACGGAAAAGAUUAUGAGAAGGUGGCCCUGGCGGUACCUGGUUCAUCCUUGGAAACUGAUUUCGAUGAUGAUCAGAAUGCGGAAGCGUUCAAUCAGAUUAUGUACAAGACAGCAAGGGACGAACUCGCGAAGAUAUCUAAAGAACAUGAGGUCAUUUGA